AUGGAGACUGUCAACAAAUACGUCACCGCUGCUUCGACUGUUUUUUGGGGCGAGAACGACUCCCCUCAGUCCCAGCAGCAUGGCGAAGAGCCCAUGUCCGGUGUGCAAGGCAAAGGACGUGCCACAGAUCCCUAUGAUGGUGGCAACCGUGAUGAACAACCCGGCGCAAUCAAAUCAGAUGUCAAUACUGCACCUCUCGAGCCCGUCUUAGCCAACAAGCAUUCAAAGCCCCGAGAAACCGAGGUCACUAGCAUCACCACUCCCCACGCACCUACUUCUCUCACCGCUUGCACCAGCGUCACCCCCGCUCUACCUGUCACCGGUGACUCUACAGAACCCAGUGGAAGCACAGAAAGCAAGCCUAUCUCCAGUGGCUCCACAGAAACUAGUGAAAUCAAAGACAAUACCAUCUCCAAACAAGAACAGCGCAGUACCUCGCAGGCUGAAUAUGGCGAGAGCAGCGAAGCUCCCCGCCCAGCGCAUCCUCAGGACGUAAGCAAAGAAGCGCUCCAAGGCCCGCAGGGUCCUGCGCCGAAAUCUGCUGAGGACUUUGAGAAUGAAGCUAAGAGGAAGAGGUCUGUGGUUAAGGAUAAUGAGAAGAGUUCUUCAGGUGAAUCAAACAAUAAUGGGAAGAGCAACGAGUCGCCUUCUAGCAGCAACAAGUCUGAGCAUUCUUCUCAUAAUAGCGAGAAGUCUGGCAAGCACGGUACUAUCUCGAAGGUCAAGGAGAGUGUUAUGAAGCACCUUCAUCAUUCAAGCAAGUAA